UAUAUAUCACCUAAGGUUCUUUCUACAUUUCUAUUGUAGAUAACACUAUCCACCAAAUUAAGAGGCUACAAAGCAAGAGAAUUGUCAAAAAGAAGAACUCUUGAAGAAAACAAGAGACAAGAAGCCAUGACUAAUUAAAGUAUCUCCAAAAUAAUAAUAAUAAUACAAUACCUUAAAUAACAUAAUAAUCCUAUAAAUCCCACCAUCUACUCCAAUUUUCAUCAAACAUCAAAGAGGUACAUAUUCCACCCAUCUCUUGAAAUAAAUCCACAAUUACAAGUUCUUUCUUGUGGAUCUUGUAGUUAAUCUCUGCUGCUGAAAAGUUUUUAUUUGCCCACCAUGUACUCUCACUUACAUGGAAAGCCAUGGAAGGGGUGAGGAGUAGAAGGAGUGCCACAUCAGCUGCCACGUAGUGAAGGAGGGGAAUCCGACAUGGAAUGAAACGGGGGAAUUGAGGAGGAAGAAAGCAUCACCGUGACGGCGGCGAUGACGAGCGAGAGAGAGUGGACGUGCACGUCGGAGCAGCUCGGGGCCAGAAACAAUUGGCGAGCCAUCUUUAAAGGUGGUCGAAUCUUUGACUCGCAGCGCUAGGAUGUGUUCGUGACAUGAUCCUCCCCCAGUUCGCCAUUGUUUCACUGCUUCUGCUUCUCCCCUUGACAUCAGCACCUCGCCCCAGCCAUGCAUGUGCGUGUCGCACCUCCGAUAAACUAUCCCUUUUUGUUGCUCCUCAUGUUGAUCGUUGUGCUCCCUUCCCUGCAUCGUGAUCCAUUUCAACGUCACUACAGUGGCAACUGGAUCGCUGUCUUCCUCUCCUGAUUAUGAUAGCAAUUUCUGGAACGUGUUGUGUACCCAGUUGCAACACGACGAUGGUCAUCCGCACCCAACUUGCCCCUUGACAAGUCCUCACCUCUGAAUUCUGCAUUCCCAUCAUCAUCCUCUUUUCAAACGGGAUAUUCUCGUUUUCGAGUGAGUUACUCCCGUGUGGCGAAUACGGAACACGCCCACAGCCCUUUGACGCGCUUGAAUGCUGGUCCUGCUUGAGCAAACUCCCAGUCCCUUGGUAUUGUUAUCAAUGACAUCAACCAGUCAGUGCUGUGACCGGCGUAUUCUUACGAGUCACCGUCAUGUUUUAUGUGCGCAUCACUCUAUGAUAUCCACCAUAAUUCUUCGGAAAUAUAAUGUGCUAAUGUGGUCUUUGUAUGUUGUUCGUGUACUGAAUUAAGUACUUCUGGUUCUCGAAGUAUUGUCAAGAAAGUCGUAGCACAUGAUUGAUUAGUUGGUGCAGAGGAAGAAAUCGAUCAUGGAAACGUCACAACAUCUAGAAACACAAAUUCAAUGUUUGUGACCUAAGUGGACGUGAAUUCCUUGGCUUGGACCUACUGGCUUGGAGUAAAACUAUCCCCUCCUUCCAACUCACUCGGCAGUGUUGCAUAUAACUAGUGAACAAAGGUGAUGUUUGGUUCGCAGGUAAUUCCUUGAGAGAUUCAUUGGCUUUAUACAUCGGGUUUCACAAAACCAGAAACAUGCAUUUUAAAAUAUGGAUCGAAUGGAUUAAUUGUUUUGACAUAUAUCAUUGUUUGACUUGGUAACCAUUAUAAGACCAAGACCCCUGGAGCUCUAUAAUCUGCCUGUCGAUGGCGCUCUUGGUCAGCAUCCAACACUAGCGAGCAGCUCCAGAAUGAACUUCGUUCCAGUAAUAGCUUUCUAGUUGCGAAGUUGUAUUGCUGUGUUAUGUUUCUGCAGCGCAUUGAUCGCUUGUAGAGCACUCAAGUUGGAUCAUGCCGCUUCGACACAGUAUACCACGACGGUGAACUGCGUGGUGGAGGCGAGCUGUAACGUAGUUUACGGAAACAAAAGUAACAGAGUUUAUGAAAAAAAUGUGCCGAGUUUGAAGUGUGUCACAUUUCUGGAUUUGAGAAGUCUGACUGCAGCAGGUGUAUCCAUGAAAAUCUUGUCCAUGAUACAUGAAAUUUCUGAGGUGGCUUCUAGGACAUAACACAGGAAAAUUUAGUUUUGGAUGAGCUUGAGCACAUCUGAGUGUGUACGAUGCUGGAAGCAUAGGAAUGUUUGUUGGAUUGUGGACUUCUGGCACUCGAAUCGAUUGCGACUUGACGUGGACGUUGGAGUUGAACGAGGAAAACCUGGUGGUUAAUCUCUAUCCGUCACUGCAAACUCCUCAGGUAUCUACAAUGGGAGGUAUCAUGCAGGCGUCCUUGAGUUUUUCCGAAGUGUACAGCAACAGCGAGCAAGAGUAUGAAUUGGGAUGUCCUUACCACAGCUGCAUCGUGGAUGAUUUUGACGAGGUGCAAACUUCAGCGCUUCUGAGCAAAACUCACCAGCGUGACGCACUUUUGACGUGGCGAAGCUCGACGCAGCAAGUGGCACCUGCAUCCCGAUCCAGCCCUUCCCUCACUGUCACACUACCCAGUUGCUCUGAGGUUGACAUCAAAUCGUCGAUGUUCAGCGACCUUGCAGGCGUGUUGCAGGAUCCUGAGUCAUCGUCUGGGUGUCAACUGUUUUCUCUCCCUGCUAGUCCGUGGCGAUCAAAGCGUGUGCACUGCAGCAACCUACAAGGAUUGAACAUGGGUAAUGCACAUCUUUCGGUGUAUGGUGACGGCGUUACGCCGCCCCUAAGUGAACACGACGUUGACGACACGUUUCUCUUCAGCAGCAUGAAGAAUGACUGGACGAUUCUUUCACCACUCAAGACCGCUGGUACUAUGCCUAAUCUCCCAUCACCUCUCGGGAGGGAACUAUCCCCAAGACCACAACUUACGGCAGUGAAGGAGGAGCUAGUAUAUGUUUCGGAGCCUAUUGCACCGUCGAACGAUGAAACUCAACGUCCAGUUACUGCUCCAGCACCGAAGAAGAGCCAGACAUCAAACGGGGCUACUCCAAGUCAGAAAGCAGGUGCGCCCAGGCAGUCUCACAUGCAUUACAGAGGGGUAAGGCAGCGGCCUUGGGGCAAAUUCGCGGCAGAAAUUCGUGAUUCUAGCCGACAGGGAUCCCGGUUAUGGCUGGGAACUUUCGACACUGCGGAAGAAGCAGCGCUCGCAUAUGACGAUGCCGCUCUUCGGCUCCGGGGAUCCCGUGCGCUACUGAAUUUUCCGCUUAGAGCAGCCAGUGGGCGAAAUGUUCAGCUACUGACAACGAGCAGACCUAAGGCACCCAAGCAGGCUCCAGCUUCCAGAAAGCCUGAAUCACAGUCCCAAAACAAGUCCGGCAUUAAUUCAAAUCAACCUCGAGGGCAAAAGCGGCCUCUGAACACUCACGAAGGUGAUGGUGAUUCCAGCACUAUCAGCAAGAAAUCCUGCGACCUCACAACCUUUGAUGCUGCCGCUGCUUCGCUAUCUGCAUCAUCGCCCGAAGGAAAUAGCAAGGGACGCCGCGAAAUGGAAGUCGCAGUACCUGAUCGCACGAUGACUUGUGCACAAGCGUUGGAGGAUUCGAAAUUGAAUAAUUUUCUGGAGGUUCUGCUCAAGUCACCUCGACAGGGUGGUGCUACUCCCACUUCAAGCACAUGGUGCUGGCCACAAAUGAACUACUCACCGCUGUCCCUCUUCAUGCCUCCGUUAUCGCCGGCCAUAAAGCCUCCCAGCUCCCCACUGUCUAGCCCCCUUCCCCUCUUCUUGUUUUAAACAUUACCGGAUUCACCGUUUUUACCACUCUCUUUGCUAUAUUGACAUGAAUCUUGCAUUCCAUGUUCAGUCUCGGCUUGUUGCCAAGGAGCUCUGGCACUUAACUGCGUUCACAUCAGCCAUCAAGGACAUUGACAGUAUGGUCACGUGCUGAAACAUAUGAGAGUGAUUGGGACGCAUUUUGUGUUUAUUUGAAGAAUGGAAGGCCGGAAUAACCACCGAGGCUUGUUGAAGCAUGGCUGCAACUUUUGAUCAUCUGUAGGAAAAUGUGAUAGUGUGUGUAUGUGUGUGUGGAUGAUGGAGCUUAAUUAUCUGCUUCCAUGAAGAUGCUGCACUUCAGAGAGCACAUUUACCGGUCCAUUUCCUGCAACAAAAGCUCGGGGUGAAGAAAACUUUAUCAUUUAAACAUCGCUACAGAGAGUUUACCUGUAGUGUGUUGUCUGAAUCUUACGUCCACAAGUGCAGCUGAGUCUAUCCGCAAGAGAUUGAGUGAUCAUUCACUUCUUUUGUUCUCACGUAUUAAUAAUCUAAGAGUUUAGAAUUGUGCAUGAAAGAUGAUCCUGCCUGAAAUCUGGUGAAGCACAGUCAAAAAUCACAAUUGCCUCAGGUGGUCUCAGGUGUGAGGUCUCCAUCUUGAGUAUGUAAAUGAUUUCUUUUAAUACAAUUUCUCAGUUGCAAAAGCCCUACUAACCUUC